AUUUUUCAAAUCCUCAAAAUAAUAAAGAAAAUUUAAUGAAAAAUAUUCAAUCAGUAAGACAUUCAAACAUUAGUGACAUUAAUCUGAGUGAAUCCGACUUCAUCUUUAGCGAAAUACCACCAAAUAGUAUUACAAUAACAACAAUUAAAACAUUACCACCAAUUCCUAAUAAGUAUGUGAAUCCGGAAGUCCCGCCAUACGAUAGAGCAUUUCAUGAGAUCACAAGUUUAGAACAAGUUUGGAAGAUGCCAUUGUUUCAUCCGUACAAAUAUAGUCCUACUUGGAAGUUUUGGUUUAUGCUUGCUUUUCUAGUUUGCCUUAUUUUAUGUGCCG